CGUGCUCGGGACCGCGGAUAUCAUGUUCUUGAUUAUAAUUUGUUGUUAGUUUUAAAAAAGAAAAAAGUUCCCUCAAUAAUAAAAUUGCGUAUUUUUAUAAGCAAUUUUCAUAUUUUUGGCUUGUAUGCAUAAAUUGUUAAAAAAAUUAAAGUGCGUUUUAGGCCUAUGCUCGUGAUUUUUUUCCAUCGAGCGAAAGUCAAAAAACCUACGGCACUUUAAAAGUAUACUAAGCCCGAAGGCCACGGAAUGCACGUUCCGAGCGUGCAAGCUCGACGCUGACACCGAUACAUUGGUUAGACAAAAUAUUUUUUACGUCGGUGGUAAACAAGCAUACGGCCCGCCUGAUAGUAAGCAGUCUGCAGAAGCAGUAUAUAAGACGUCGAGCGUGUAUGCGGGGAGCGUGCACUACGUGACGAGACGUAAGAUUCUACGUCAGCAGUUAAUUUACUGAACAACUUUAUGCAGGCUUGGUACGGACGAUGACGUCGUUCGGCAUCAUUGGCCUCUUCGUGAUGACGAUGGGAUGCGGUUUCUCCGUUUAUACGUUCAGGAAUCCUCGGUAUAUGUUCAAGAGACUCGCUGCUGGCAUUCAUUUUAUAAGUACAUCCUGCACUUUCGUCGUGGUACAGGUGAUGUCAACUACGGUAGAUGUGCUGGAAAAAAAUGUUCCUGCCAUCUAUCCCAAGACUGCGUACCAUUACUUCCACGUCAGCUUCUACCUGGCGGUGUUCGUGGUGUUGGUGAACGCUUUUGCUGCGGCAUCUUUCCUGUGGUACUCACGCAAGAGGAAAGGUGACAAGGCGGCCACCGACGAGCUGGCCAUGGCCGACGAGCCCACCAUCAUCGGGCGAUGACGAGAUGGUCACACCACAGCCCAGCAACCCUCGUUGCUCAGGAAGCUCAUUUCUUUACUUAACAGUGCUCAAAAGACCAAUAGCUAUAACAAUUUUCAAAGUCUUCCAUGUAUUGUAUUGUGCACCUGCACGUUCACCUUUGGCCGACAUCUCUUUUACCAGAACAUACGAUUUAAAGGGUGAAAGACCUCGUGAAAAUGUCAUUCGAGUUCGUGGUCAACAGAAAAAUUGACACUCGGCCAAAGAAUUCCUGUAGGAGUACAUUUUCGGGGUUUCAUCAACGUUCGUUCUUGUCCAUUUGAAAUUAUCAUAAUUUGCACAAAUUCAUUACAGUUGCGAUCGAAUUCUGGUCGUGUUUCUUGAUUAUUUUUGCGAACUAGUGUUUGUUUUUUAAGAAUUAAAAUUAAAAUAGGUAUUAUUUACAUACAUACCUACUUUUAUCACAGCCGAGUACGGGUCAUUUUUAGUGCCGUGAUUAAUUGAGAUUACAUUUACGUGAUAAACUAAUCGAAUAGUUAUGUAAGUAUUUAUUAUUUUGUGCAUUAUGUUCGAAACAAUACAGCUUAAGGAUUAAUUUGUAACUGUCACUAUUAAAAAUAUCUUUACUAUACAGGCUGUUUAAAACUGUUCAAAUAUUCAUUCUAACGCACCUGCUGGAUGUACGUUUUUACCACAUAAAACUGUGGUAUCUAGACUAGCCGCUAUUUAUUAUGUAUGAAGAAGCAAGUGUUAUGCCUGCUUCAUGUUGCUUAAGUAUGAGUGUAACUAUUUUACUCAUGGGCAAAUUGUGUAUUCACUUACGCAUUCGUUGUAUUACUUAAUAUAUCCAUUUAAGCUAAACUCCGCUACAUGGUGCAAUGUAUAAUUCGAGUUUUAGUUAUUAGAUCUGUUUCCAAUAAGAUACGGAUACGAUACUGAUCUCAUAACUAGAAAUCGAAUCGGCCUGUUAGUCUUAGCUAGCCCGAAUAUAACUAUUUAAUCCUAAAAGUGACCGAGUCAGACAGCCAAAUUUCAAAACGCAAAUCGAGGUUUUAUAGGCCCCUGGUUUCACAGGUUUUAAUUUUAGGUGCAAGUGUUUUAAAAUUUCUUGUGUCGCUCAGAGUCGAAAGGAUCUGGGCUUCGUCGACUACAAAAGUGCCGAGAUUUAAUUACAACAUUAUUGAUUACAUAUAUAGCCUCGUCUGAUGGAAAGCAUAUGUAGUGUAAGGCCUAUUUUACACACUGAUUAGUAUUUAUUGUGACUACAUAUAUUUAAUGGCAAAUGUAUGAGCUCGCACUAAAUACUAUUCAAAGUGUGAACAGGCCUCAAACGAACCAAUUUAGCUUUAUUUACUCCGUAAACUUUUUUUUUUUUUAAUUUGCUCUUCAAAUAGUCCAAUUAACGUAUAAUCUGUAUGUAUAUAUUACGUUAACUAAAAUUACUUAAUUAAAAUUUGAGUAUAAGAUUGGGAUUUUUAUUACUAUUCAUGCUUGCCUUGUUUAAACUUUCUAUAGGUUCAGGCUAUAUGUGAAAUCAGUUGUAAACAGCAAAAGUAAUAUUUCCAGUUAUUUCGUGUCUGUUAUAGGGUGUUGAUGAUACUAGUUUAAGGGAUAGUUGUCCGGCCAAUUCAGAAUUCUUCAGAAUGCCGGGUUAUUUCGGAAACUGAUUGUAAUAUCAUUAAUUAUGGAUGAUUUUCGGAAUUAAACACCCGUUUAUAACACCUUGGUGGACACUAAACGCUUACCUAUAGGCGUAAUUCCAUUGUUCUUUCUAUUUUUUCUGGGGUAGUGUUCAUCAACUUAUUAGCAGCAUUCUGAAGAAAAAAUACCAAAGAAAAAUAAAAACAUCUAUGCGUGUGUUAUCGAUAAAUGCAUUUAAAAUCGCUAAAAUAUUUUGUCAAUAUGUGCUUCUAGUCAAAUUAGAAUUGAAAUGGCUCAAUGUGGCCUAAGUUUAUGUACUUUAGAUUAUUUAAAGAAAAAACAAGAUUUUUUUCAGAAGUAAUGGUUAAAAAUAAAAUCACAUUAAGGGGUUAAAAUCAAUUAUUCUUAUCUAUUUUUCAUUCGACAUACUUAAGAUUUCAUCACAUAUUGUAGACAAACAGGAAAUGACUUUAAUAUACGAGUAUAAAAGAGUACCUUAAGUUAUGAACUGAUGAAUAGAGCUAUUGUAAAAUUUGACCAAACUACUUUUAAGGGUAGGUAAAAGCAGAUACCUAAUUUAUUAUUUAUUUAUACGUUUAUGCAUUACUAAGGUACAUGGGUUCAAUAUAUAUGAAGAACACUUUAUUAAAACAUGUGCCUUGUUGCGGGCCAGACAUUUUUAUAAAUUCUUAACAUUUUAUUUUAGGUAUGGGAGCUUUUUUUGUUUUACGCAUUAAAUACGUGAAAUAUGAAUACUUAUACCGGUGCUACCCUAAAGGGUUAACACAAUUUUCUAUCAAAACAUCUUGAUAUCUGGUUAUUCCAUAUGGAAACAUGUAUCAUGUUAGGCAAUCGUCUUCAUAUCAGUGAGAAAAAUGCUUGUCCCAUAAUAGGGCACAACGUCUUUAAUAAUAGCCUAGUACAGUCAAGGUAUUAAAUAUCGAUACGGACAAAGUGACAAAAAUAUAUACACACAAUCUUAAUAUAUAGGCAAUAAGGUCGUGCAUACAUAUUUUUGGCACUUUGUCUGUAUCGAUAUUUAAUACCUUGACUGUACAAUACUCGUAAGGUAAACUCGAAAGCCGUGAGUUUUUCAUUUGAUCAGAAGGCAUAUUCUGAGCAUAAUAACAGGGUAUGAAUUUGGUCUGGAUUUGUUGUGAAUAUAAUUUGUCAGUGUCAAAAGUGACAUUUAUGGUUAAAUAGAUGUCAGUUUUGACAAUGAUAGAUAUAUCGAUAACACAUGCAGAUCAAAUUCACAGCCUGUCAAUUACUGUCGGAAUACGCCUCCAGAAGUUUAACCCAAUUUGCGCAGUUCUAAGGCAAGCACGUUCUUGCUGAAUACUUUGCCGUUCCUGCUAUCUAUUUAAUUACGUUCUUGGUAAAUGCCCACAAUCAGUCUAUUCUCAAUUGUGUUUUUUGACCUACCUAAUUGAAAUUGGAUCGAAUUUGUAUUGGUCGUCUGUGCGCGCGGGCUAGCGAUGUGCACUCGUUAUAAAGUUUAAUUUAAUUGAAUUCAAAGUUACAGGAAGAACUCGCCUUAAAUUUGCUCAGUUGGGGAAUCAGCUUUUUUCACAACGUUGUAUUAAAACUGUCAUACUGAGAAAUACUUUAAAUGGGUUAGUUUUGGGUGGAAAUGGACGGUACUUAAAAUAAGGUUUCUAAGUUCCUUUGCAAACUAGACUGAAAGAUGGCGAGUAUUUAAGUAUGAUCACAAUUCCAGCCACCUGACGCUAAUCCAUUGAAAUGACUUGUAAAAUGUAAUAUUUAUGGAAUGUAUCCUAGAGUGCUAAGGUUUGUUUGAUUAAAUAUUUUGCAUUAUUGUGUGUACUGCUGUUUAAGCUCUCCAUGUUUAUAUUUAUUUUAUAAUGAAAAUAUUUCAAAAGC